AUGGCCAGCGGUGACCUGCCUCACAUGAAUCCCGAGAGGCAGCUGGCGCAGGUCGCUUCCGACAACCGGCCUCCAAAACAACCAGCUGCUUCUCCGUCCACGCCAGCGACGCCUUCCCAAAGCGUCCUCCAGAUGCCGGAGAUGGUUGCCCACGUCCUGGACAACCUGUCUCUCCAUGAGCUUCAAGCCUGCCUCGGCGUGUCACAGGCAUUUAGAGCCACUGCGCUACCCCGGUUCUACCGUCGGAUCCUCCUGCCGAUCGCAGACGACACACCAGGUCGCAGCGACAUUGAACGUUUGACCACCGCUGUCGAGUUGCACCACCAGGCGCACACCGACUGCGCAGCAACCCACCCGCUCAACUUUCAGCGGUUACACACUGUCAUCUUUCACAAGGACGAGGUCGACGAGCAUCCGGGCCAAGGCCCAGCGCGACACAACUAUGGGAUUCCUAUCGACUUUGGCCACUACUCGUGUUCCGAGCCCAACUGCCUGUCACGCGACCUCUCUCCCAAGCGCGUGGUGGUCCGUCCAUGGAUGACUGCGGGCAAGGAGAAACGAGUCUUCUUCGUACCCCCUGCGCCUGUUGACACUGUCAUCCACAUUCGUCGCCCGGGCCCAUACGGGUACCGCCGGGACCUCUGUUGCCCGACCUCUCCACGGCACAUUACAGUGGUGAUCCUGCCCAGCUUUUUCGGCCAGUUCAAGAGCUUUUCGGUGGACGGAUCCCGCCAGUCGCAUACCGGCAGCAAGAAUGGCGACAAUGACUCACUCAUCGGCGAAUGCAUCGCGCCGUACGUGCUCGAAUACCCCGAGAACAGCCUCACGAUCGUCGGCCUCGAGGAGGCCAACCCCUUUGCCUCAGAACUGCACUGGUCCGAGCGUCAUCUGCGCGCGACGGAAGAAGCAGACUCGUUGCGAGCCUAUCUCAACCGAUUGAUGGACGGCAUGGGCGGAAGGCCCGGCGCGUGGGACCGCUCAGCGACGUGGGACGAUGCCAGCCGGCGCAGACGCCAGGCGACGGUUCACGUUCGGACGCUACGCGACUACUUUGAGAGUGGCGAAUGGGGCGAGGAGCUUUCGUGGCAGGUUGUCGGGUCGUGGCUCAACGCAUACUGUGCCCGUGAGGCUGAAGACGCGGCAGCGACCGCGACCCAGGGCCGCUGUGGCCCCCCGCAAGCUCCCACAACCACACUCACCCUCAUGACGGACAUUGCGCAAAAAUCGGCACCCACCCGUCGUUUCGGUUUCGGCCACAACCCCAGCCGUUCUGUUGAUACUGGCCUGUCUCUCCCUCGUCUUCCUCCAUACCGUGACAUCGGCUGA